CGGCUGGGUGCAGUCUGCCCACCGCUCACAGGGAGCGUGUGGCCGGCUGGACCUGGGUGGACUGGUCUCCGCACGGCCCUUCGGGCGCGGGCGGGAAGCCGGCUCCUGGGCACCUGUGCUGCGCCCCGCGCACUCUCCCCGGCAUGGCGCACGCGGAGACGGCGGCUCCGGGCCGCAGGGCCGGUCUGUGAGCCUCGGACCCGAGAGGCACCGGGGGCUUGGCCGCGCGCACGAUGCCUUUGCCAGCGGAGGCGAGGGCGACCCCGAGGGCGACGGGGCGCGCGGUGGCUCCGGCGCUGCUGCUGCUGCUGCUGCUCUCCGCGGUGCGUGCGACUGCCCCGCCGCGACCCCUGCUCCCGCUGCAGCCCAGCAUGCCCCAUGUGUGUGCCCAGCAGCAGCUGACCCUGGUGGGCCAUCGUCGGCCCUGUGUGAAGGCCCUCAGUCGCAUGGUGUCCGUGUGGAAGCCGGGCUGUGGGCGCCAGGCAUGGUGCAUUGGCCACGAGCGCAGAACCGUCUACUACACAGGCUACAGGCAGGUGUAUGCUGCGGAGGCCCGCACCGUGUUCCGGUGCUGCCCGGGAUGGAGCCAGCAGCCGGGUCAGGAGGGCUGCCUCUCAGCUGAAUGCACUUCUGGGCUCUGUUUUAAUGGUGGCCGCUGUGUGCCAGGCUCAGCUCAACUAUGCCACUGUCCCCGAGGCUUCCAGGGUCCCCGCUGUCAGUACGAUGUGGACGAGUGCACCAGUGCCAACGGGGGCUGUGAGGGCCUGUGCUGCAACACGGUGGGCGGCUUCUACUGCCGCUGCCCCCCUGGACACCAGCUGCAGGGUGACGGCAAGACCUGCCAAGAUGUGGACGAGUGCCGUGUGCACAACGGAGGCUGCCAGCACAGGUGUGUCAACACGCCCGGUUCCUACCUCUGCGAGUGCAAGCCUGGUUUCCGGCUCCACGCCGACGGCAGGACCUGCCUGGCCGUCAACUCCUGUGCCUUGGGCAAUGGCGGCUGCCAGCACCUGUGCGUCCAGCUCACGGUGACGCGUCAUCGCUGCCAGUGCCGGCCGGGCUUCCAGCUGCAGGAGGACGGCAGGCGCUGUGUCCGGAGAAGCCCGUGUGCAGAUGGGAAUGGCGGCUGCAUGCACACGUGCCAGGUGCUGCGGGGCCUUGCCCACUGUGGGUGCCGAGUGGGCUACCAGCUGGCUGCAGACCGCAAGGCCUGUGAAGACGUGGAUGAAUGUGCCUCGGGACUGGCCCAGUGUGCCCACAGCUGCCUCAACACUCGGGGGUCCUUCAAAUGCGUGUGCCACGCAGGCUACGAGCUGGGUGCUGAUGGCCGGCAGUGCUACCGGAUCGAGAUGGAGAUUGUGAACAGCUGCGAGGCCGGCCGGGGCGGCUGCUCCCACGGCUGCAGCCACACCAGCGCAGGGCCCCUCUGCACCUGUCCCCAUGGAUACGAGCUGGACGAGGACCAGAAGACCUGUGUUGACGUUGACGACUGUGCCGACUCCCCGUGCUGCCAGCAGGUCUGCGCCAACAGCCCCGGCGGGUACGAGUGUGGCUGCUAUGCCGGCUACCGGCUCAGCACCGAUGGCUGCAGCUGUGAGGACAUGGACGAGUGCGCCUCUGGCCACGGAGGCUGUGAGCACCACUGCACCAACCUGGCCGGCUCCUUCCAGUGCUCUUGCGAGGCCGGCUACCGGCUGGACGAGGACCGCAGGGGAUGCACCCCUCUGGAGGAGCCCACGGUGGACCUGGAUGGCCAGCUGCCCUUCGUGCGGCCCCUGCCCCACAUCGCGGUGCUGCGGGACGGGCUGCCGCAGCUCUUCCAGGACGACUCUGGGGCCGAGGAGGCGGAGGCGGAGGCGGAGCUGCGGGGAGAGCACACACUCACUGAGAAGUUUGUCUGCCUGGGUGACACUUUCGGCCAGGACUGCAGCUUGACCUGCGACGACUGCGUGAACGGAGGGACCUGCCUCCCAGGCCUGGAUGGCUGCGACUGCCCCGAGGGCUGGACCGGGCUCGUCUGCAAUGAGACUUGUCCUCCAGACACCUUUGGAAAGAACUGCAGCUCCCCCUGUGGCUGCCAGAAUGGAGGGACCUGCGAUCCUGUGACGGGUGCCUGCCGCUGUCCCCCAGGUGUCAGCGGGACUCACUGUGAGGACGGCUGCCCCAAGGGCUUCUAUGGCAAACACUGUCGCAAGAAAUGCCACUGUGCCAACCGGGGCCGAUGUCACCGCCUCUACGGGGCCUGCCUCUGUGACCCGGGGCUCUAUGGCCGCUUCUGCCACCUUGCCUGCCCGCCCUGGGCCUUCGGGCCGGGCUGCUCCGAGGAGUGCCUCUGCGAACAGUCCCACACGCAGUCCUGUGACCGGAGAGAUGGCACCUGCUCCUGCAAGGCUGGCUUCCGGGGCAGGCGGUGUCAGGCAGAGUGCGAGCCAGGCUUCUUCGGGCCAGGAUGCCAGCAUACGUGCACCUGUCCCCCAGGCGUGGCCUGUGAUCCUGUGAGCGGCGAGUGUCGGGAGCAGUGUCCUGCUGGCUACCGGGGGCAGGACUGUGGUCAAGAGUGCCCAGAGGGGACAUUUGGUGUGAACUGCUCAGGCUCCUGCUCCUGUGGGGGUGCCUCUUGCCACCGGGUCACAGGGCAGUGCCUGUGCCCACCAGGCAGGACCGGAGAGGACUGUGGGGCAGAUUGUCCCGAGGGCCACUGGGGGCUCGGCUGCCAGGAGAUCUGCCCUGUGUGUGAGCACGGUGCCCGCUGUGACCCCGUGACGGGAGCCUGCCUGUGCCUCCCCGGCUUCGUGGGCAGCCGCUGUCAGGACGCUUGCCCAGCAGGCUGGUUUGGACCCGGCUGUCAGACGAGGUGCUCUUGUGGCAACGAUGGGCACUGCCACCCGGCCACUGGGCACUGCAGCUGUGCCCCUGGCUGGACUGGCCUGAAUUGUCAGAGAGCCUGUGACAGUGGACACUGGGGGCCCGACUGCGGCUACCCCUGCAACUGCACCGCAGGCCACGGGAGCUGUGAUGCCAUCAGUGGCCUGUGCCUGUGUGAGGCUGGCUACGUGGGCCCACAGUGCGAGCAGCGGUGUCCCCAAGGAUACUUUGGACCAGGCUGUGGGCACCAGUGCCAGUGUGAGCAUGGGGCAGCCUGUGACCACGUCAGCGGGGCCUGCACCUGCCCAGCAGGCUGGAGGGGAAGCUUCUGUGAGCGAGCCUGCCCAGCUGGCUUCUUUGGGUUGGACUGCCGUGGCGCCUGCAACUGCUCCGCGGGGGCCGCCUGCGACAACGUGAAAGGCUCCUGUCUCUGCCCGCCAGGCCGCCAGGGACCCCGCUGCACCCAGACUUGCCCAGCCCUCACCUACGGCCUUAACUGCAGCCAGGCCUGCACCUGCUUUAAUGGGGCCUCCUGUGACCCCGUCCACGGGCAGUGCCACUGUGCCCCCGGCUGGAUGGGGCCCACCUGCCUGCAGGCCUGUCCCGCUGGCCAGUAUGGCCAGGGCUGCCGACAAGCCUGCCUUUGCCAGAACGGAGGGAGCUGUGACCCUGUCUCAGGCCGCUGCACGUGCGCAGAGGGCUGGUCCGGCCUGGCCUGUGAGAAUGAAUGCCUCCCCGGACACUACGGAGCUGGCUGUCAGCUCAGCUGCGGCUGCCUCAAUGGAGGCCUCUGUGACAGGCACACGGGCCGCUGCCUCUGCCCUGCUGGCUGGACUGGGGACAAGUGCCAGAGAUCUUGUGCUGAGGGCACCUUCGGGGCUCACUGUGAGGAGCGCUGCAUCUGUCGUCGGGGAGCCUGCCACCAUGUCACGGGGGCCUGCCGCUGCCCCCCAGGAUGGAGGGGCUCACGGUGUGAGGAUGCCUGCCCACACGGCUGGUUCGGAGAGGCCUGUGUCCAGAGCUGCCGCUGCCCACCUGGGGCCUCCUGCCACCACGUCACUGGGGAGUGUCACUGUCCUCCUGGCUUCACCGGGCCUGGCUGUGAGCAGGCCUGCUGGCCCGGCACUUUUGGAGAGGACUGUAGGCACCUGUGCCAGUGUCCUGGCAAGACCCAGGCCUGCCACCCUGCCACAGGGGCCUGCGUGUGCAUGGCCGGCUACCACGGCACUGGCUGCCAGAAACGAUGCCCGCCUGGGCGCUACGGUCCAGGCUGUGGACAGGUGUGUGGGUGUCGGAAUGGGGGCUCCUGUGACGCAGCCACAGGGGCCUGCCACUGUCCUGCCGGGUUCCUCGGAGCUGACUGCAGUCUGACCUGUCCACCAGGUCACUUUGGCCUCAGCUGUGCCCAUGUGUGUGCAUGCGGGCAGGGGGCCACCUGUGACCCUGUGAUCGGCACUUGCAUCUGCCCACCGGGGAGGACUGGCACCCACUGUGAGCAUGGCUGCCCGCAGAACCGGUUUGGCGCGGGCUGUGAGCUCCAGUGUGACUGCAGACACGGAGCCCUGUGCCACAGCACCCAUGGCAGCUGCUCCUGCCGCCCGGGCUGGAUGGGGCCACACUGCGAGCAGGCCUGUCCCCCUGGGCGCUAUGGUGCCGCCUGCCUCUUGGAGUGCGCCUGUCAGAACAACGGCACCUGUGAGCCCGCCUCGGGCGCCUGCCGCUGUGGCCCUGGCUUCUACGGUCAGGCCUGCGAGCACCCCUGUCCCCCCGGAUUCCAUGGAGCUGGGUGCCAGGAGGACUGUGAGUGUCAACAGGGAGCCUCCUGUGACCCCGUCAGCGGCCAGUGCUUCUGCCCAGCCGGCUUCCAGGGCCGGUUCUGUGAGAGGGGGUGUGAGCCAGGCUCCUUUGGAGAAGGCUGCCACCAACGGUGUGGCUGCAGUGGGGGUGCGCCCUGUGACCCCGUCAGCGGCCUCUGCCUGUGCCCACCAGGGCGCUCGGGAGCCACGUGUGACCUGGAUUGCAAACAGGGCCGCUUUGGACCCGGCUGUGCCCUGCACUGUGAGUGUUCAGCGGGGGCUGACUGUGACCCGGUCAGUGGGCAGUGCCACUGCGUGGAUGGCUACAUGGGGCCCACGUGCCGGGAAGGUGGGCCCUCCCAGUUCCUCGAGAGCCUGUCCCCAGCACAGGGCGCAGCGGCCACACGGCCAGUCUCCAGCGGACAGGUACCCAGCUCUGCAGGCACUAGCUGAGGCAGCCCCUGCCAUGGAGGCUCUGCCACAAAGCUCCAGCUGAGGGACCCAGGCCUUGGUGAUGCAAGAGAACACACGUGGACUAGGACUCCUGCCUCUCUCCAGAGGGCUGUGGACAGCUGUGGGUCUCAGGGGAGGGCUGUAGACAGCUGCCCAGCCGCUCCAUCAGCCAGGGCCCUGUGGCUGCGAGGAGGGAGGCCUCAUGUGGCCACAAGUAGCCCAGGGGAGUGGACCGGACCUCAGGCUGCAUCGUCCACAUCAGGCACCUGGCUAGCUGGGCUGAGGACGCCCUGACCCUCCCCGCAGCCUGGGUUGGGACCAGGGCAGCUGUGGGUGUGGGCCUCUGCCCUCCGAGCAGGCCCUCCUGGUGCUAGGCCCUGGACUGCUGCAGCCUGGCCGACUGACUCUUUACUUGCAGAUGUGGUCUGGCCAGUUUAUGUAUAGGUAUUUAUGGGCAGUGCCACACGCCCCGCUGCCCGUCCCAGGAAGCCUGGACUCAGGCUGGCAGGGCCCUGGGGUCCCCAGCAGAUGUGCUCAGGUUCCAUGUAAAGCCCAGCGAGUUAAAUUAAUGUGGGCUUCUGUG